CCAGGACUGUCCCGUUGAUGCUCCGGCGUGUAGCUGUUUGCAGGCUCGGGCGCUGGGGCAGAAAAGCCCUUCGAGUGUGACUGGUGCAAUGGCUGGGGUUUGGUGGAGCAGUAAACGGGUCUAGCAUGGUAGGGACCUGAGUGCGUGUAUUCGCUGGAAGUCCAACAAACCUCCGUGUAGAAACAUCCCUGAGACUUAAAAAUAUAGAAAUGAUGGCUUGUCAGUGCAGUACAAAACUGCAGGUGUCAUUUUGCUUUCAACAGAGCUUGGUGCAACUCUUCCUUUCGUUUUCUGGUAUUAAAAGGGAACUGAAAUGCUGUUGUUUUUUGAAAUCUAGAAUAUGUACAUUUUUCAAAUGACAGAUUAUUGCUAUUACUUACAUGGUGAUAUCACCCAUAGAUCCCAGUCAGGGCUCCAUUGUGCUAGGGAUUAUAGAAACAUAUAACAAAAAGAUGUUCCAGCCCCCAAUAACUCCAAGUAAAAGACAAGCAGCAACAGGUGGAUACAACAAAUAAACAGGACCCAAGGACUUAAGAUGGACUUUUUGGCUCUCUUCAUAAUUUAUCUGCUAUUAGUUCUGGCUAGUGUUGUUCUAGUCUGCAUCUAUUCAGGAAGGAAACAGAGUUUUCCUGCAAGAGGCCUUAGUUGUAUAACUCAGGUAUCGUCAUUUGUAAUCCCAACACGGCUUCAAAGAGCAACACAGAAAGUGCUUCACAGGCUCUUCCACACACGAAGUUGUCUGUUCCUUGUCCUGCACUUAGCCUUACAAGUGGCAGUUUAUGGUGAAUACACUUGGGAAAUAUUUGGCUACUGCAAAGAGAUGGAGUUCAGCAUUCAUUACCUUCUGCUGCCGUAUUUGUUGCUGGCUGUGAAUAUGGGAUUUUUCAUUCUGUGCUCUGUGAUCAACCCUGGUAUAAUAACACAAUCAAAUCAGGAGUCAUUUCUUAAGGCUUAUGCAUAUGAUGGAGUAAUGUUUCAGAAAAGCACCAUGUGUCCUACAUGCAACGUGGAAAAGCCAGCCAGAUCUAAACACUGCAGUGUAUGUAACAACUGUGUACAUCGUUUUGAUCACCACUGUGUUUGGGUCAACAACUGCAUUGGUGCCUUCAAUACAAGAUAUUUUCUCAUUUACCUCUUCACUCUGACUGCCAUGGCUGCAAACCUUGCAAUCAUAACAGCAGCAUUUCUAAUCCAAGUAGUGCUGCUAUCAAAUAUAAUGCUUGGAAGUUACAUUGAUGAUCAGGGGCAAGAGCAUGCAGUUGAGAUUCUCUUUCUUAUUCAGCACCUGUUCCUGACGUUUCCUAGAAUUGUCUUCAUGCUUGGUUUUGUUAUUGUCCUAUCUCUGGUGCUGGGGGCAUAUUGCUGUUUCACUCUGUACCUGGCCCUGACUAACCAAACAUCCAAUGAAUGGUAUAAAUCUAGAAGAUAUGAAUGUUCUUGCUGUCAGGCGUUGCAACCCCAUGACAGGCACAUUUUUUACAGAAAUGUUUAUUCCCAAGGAGUUUGGGUCAAUUUAAAGGAAAUCUUUAAACCUCCUACAAGUUCAGAAAAAAAGAAAAAAACAUGAGGAAAUAGUUAUCUUUUAAAAUCUGUAUUUAUUUUUAAACUUUUCCCAAAGGAUCUAACUCCAUGAAGAGCUUUUUGCCAGCACCAAGGACCCUUGAAAUGAUACUGUGCUUUUCAUUAAGUGCUGUAGCUAAAGAGAGAUUUUUUUUCUAAAUGACUAAAUUAUAAAAUAUAUUUUUUAUAAAGCUGA